GCGGAAAUACACCCCUGAACUUCCGGCGAGCGCGUCCACAGCAAGAGAGGCAGCAUGGAGGAGGUGCCUCAAGGCUGCCCCGGGGCCGACAGCGCACAGGCGGGCCGAGGGACCUCGUGCCAGGGAUGCCCCAACCAGCGGCUGUGCGCGUCAGGAGCCGGAGCUGUUCCAGACCCGGCUGUAGAGGAAAUCAAAGAGAAAAUGAAGACAGUGAAGCACAAAGUCUUGGUGCUGUCCGGGAAAGGCGGCGUUGGAAAAAGCACUUUCAGUGCCCACCUCGCCCAUGGCCUAGCAGAGGAUGAAGACACACAGGUCGCUCUUCUGGACAUUGAUAUCUGUGGACCCUCCAUUCCCAAGAUCAUGGGUUUGGAAGGAGAACAGGUUCACCAGAGUGGCUCAGGCUGGUCUCCAGUGUACGUGGAGGACAACCUGGGGGUGAUGUCCGUGGGUUUCUUGCUCAGCAGCCCUGAUGAUGCUGUCAUUUGGAGGGGACCAAAGAAAAACGGCAUGAUCAAGCAGUUCCUCCGUGAUGUGGACUGGGGGGAUGUUGACUACCUCAUCGUGGACACCCCACCCGGCACAUCUGAUGAACACCUCUCAGUUGUCCAGUAUCUGGCUGCAGCGCACAUUGAUGGGGCAGUGAUCCUUACCACCCCUCAGGAGGUGUCCCUCCAGGAUGUCCGGAAAGAGAUCAGCUUCUGCCGUAAGGUGAAGCUGCCCAUCAUUGGUGUGGUGGAGAACAUGAGCAGCUUUGUCUGCCCCAAGUGUAAGAAAGAAUCUCAGAUCUUCCCUCCCACAACGGGAGGUGCAGAGGCCAUGUGCCAGGACCUAAAGGUCCCUCUCCUGGGUAGAGUGCCUCUGGAUCCACACAUAGGUAAGAGCUGUGACAAAGGCCAGUCUUUUUUUGUUGAAGCCCCAGAUUCACCAGCCACAGCAGCCUACAAAAGUAUAAUUCAAAGGAUCCAAGAGUUUUGUAAUUCCCAUCAGUCACAGAAUGCAAACCUUAUCAGUUCCUGAGUAGGACAACGCCAAGGACCACGCCAGUCCCAGCUACAGAGCCCACAGGCAACAUGUCCAGCCACAUGGGGACAGGCACGGCCCCAAGCAAAAAGGGACCAGACGCUAGCAUGGUUGGAAGUUGCUUCCACAGAGACACUUUAAUCAUUGUCCACAGGUACACACAUGCCCUUGUCAAAUAAAAAUGCCUCCUGGAA